AUGGAUUCGGCGUCUGUGCGGGAAGAAGCCAUGGGGGUCCUAUUUGAACCUGGAAAAAGAAUGGCUCGUAUAGAUCCUGAAAUCCUAGAGCCCGCCGACCUGGGGCGAGUGCUCUCAUUUUACCAACGUCUUAAUCAUAUUGGUUUGCGCAUAUCCCCAAGCCCUGAGCUUAACAUUGUAUUUGCGAUGACGCAAGCUAUCUCAGUAGGAGUUCCAGGUCCUAGUUAUUUCGCCGGGCUUACCAGCAGUGAAAUUGAAACCAAAAUACAAGCUACUGUUACUGAAGCUUCCAAGUGGGCCUCUGUAGUGGAGCAAUAUUUCUUUAACAACCCGGAUGGCACCUUUCACCGUGACCUUAUAUUAGCAGUGCUGAAUAACAACAAGGUUUCAGCAGCUGCUCGCGAAGAUCCUCAGAGUCAUCUCUGGGGGAUUACCAAGUUUGUCGACAUUUUCAAGUCAAGAUCUGGAGGAUGGAGCCCCUACAUAUUUGAUAAUGACGGCGGAAGCAGUGAUUAUUCGCCAGUUGCUUUUCUUCCACCUGCCAACCAAAUCGCCUCUGUGGGUGAAACAAAUCUUCCAAAUGUUCUCGAUUCUGGAAAUGCUACUGGUCACCUUAUCUCAGACAACAGCUACUUUGUGUCGUAUGAGAAAUACAGCAGCCCCAAAACUAUCAGCUCCUAUGGUGGUUCCGACAUCGUGUUAGAAGGGGAAGGUAAAAUUGCUGUUGUAUUAAAAGGUGACGGUGGCACCAAUAUUUGCCAUAUUGCUGACGCACUUUAUUUUCCUGCUGGGUCUAGCAAUUUGUUUUCUGAUUCUGUCUGGCGCACGCACGAUGUUUCUUUUCAUACGGUCCCAAGUGGGGAUUGUCUGGCCUAUUUUGGUGAGGAAAAGGUUGGUAGGGUUGGCGGUGCCAGAGAUGCCAAGUCUCACAUUUGUGCCAACAUUGUUCCGGUAAAGUUUACUAGGAAUAUCGUACCUCCAACUGGAUCUUUCAAGUUCUCAGGAAAUUCAAUUGACUGGGAUCAGAUUUGCAGACAAGGACCAGAAGCUAUGAGGAAGGUUGAUAAAUCAGCCUUCGCGGUUGGAAAGGGACUACCUGUCCUUUCACAGUCUCUCAAAUUUAUUGCAAAGGAGGCCGUGUUGAAUUCGCAGGCACUUGACUGUGUUGAACUGUGA